UCAGCCAGUCACCCCCCGAGCUUUAAGAAUAAGAACCCUUCCCCCUCCAUCAAUCUCACCGGAGAUCGCCAUCGCUGAUCUUUUCAUAAAAGCAAUCACAUCGAAAAUGUAUCCAAUUAACGUAGCACCCCACACUGAAAUUCCCGGAGAAAAGACCCACGUCGGCACCUCCCUAGUAGACACCGCCGCCUCCACCAUCCAAUCGUUUGGCCCAACCAAACAAAUCCACCAACACCUCUGCGCAUUUCACUUUUACGCCGACGACAUGACGCGACAAGUGGAAGCGCACCACUACUGCGGCCAUCAAAACGAGGAAAUGAGACAGUGCUUGAUCUACGAUCGUCCAGACGCCGACGCCCGGUUAAUCGGAGUUGAAUACAUCGUAACAGAAAAACUGUUCUUAACCUUGCCGGAUUCAGAAAAACCGAUGUGGCACAGCCACGAGUAUGAGGUGAAGAGCGGCGUCCUUUUCCUUCCCGGCGUCCCUGGUCCGGUUGAGCGGCAAGAUCUGGAGAAGGUGGCGAAAACUUACGGGAAGACGAUUCACUUUUGGCAGGUGGAUAGAGGCGAUCAGCUUCCCCUAGGUCUCCCACAGAUUAUGAUGGCUCUAACUCGUGAUGGCCAACUCUACCCUAAUCUCGCUAAAGAAGUGGAGUCUCGCUAUGGUGUUUCGUUCCAAAAGGAAAGGGAAAACAGAGCGUAUAUGGAAGGUUUAACCCUAGGAAUUCACCCAAAAGCAAACGCCGGUGGAGUCGGACUCAAAACUGUUGUACGAGAGAUCGAUUGCAAGCCUUCCGGCCACCCUACUCUGGAACCUAUUCCUAGGGUUUUCGUUUGAAGAAGCUCCAUUUUUAUGUUUUUGUUAUGUUCUUUUUUUCUAGAAUAAUAAAGAAACUGAUGCUAUGAAAGGAAGAACACGAACAGCAUACAUCAGUAAAAAAACGACGAUAGUUGCAGGUUUAAUGUGAUUUCUGUACAAUAAGUAGGAUCUGGAUCUCUGUAAUAACUCUUUACGUAUAUUACGAAAUUUGAAGAAAUUAAUCA